CUGUGCGGUCAUCAAGCCCUCCGAAGUCAGCGCCGCCACAGACAAUCUGAUAAUGGAGCUCAUCCCCAAAUAUCUGUCUAAGGACUGUUAUGCAGUUGUUAGCGGUGGAGCAAAGGAGACCCAAGCCCUUCUGACGAAUCGAUUUGACCACAUUUUCUACACAGGUUCCCAGGCUGUGGCACGCGUUGUCCUCCAGGCUGCUGCAGUCCACUUGACCCCAGUGACCUUGGAGCUGGGAGGCAAGUGCCCCUGCUUAAUAUAUGGUCGGGUGAAUGCCACUGCUGCUGCUCACCGCUUGGUGUGGUCCAAGUUUUUCAAUGCUGGCCAGAGCUGUGUGGCACCGGAUUACGUUCUGUGCUCGAAAGCCACUUGUGAUGCCCUUGUGCCUGCGUUGCGCCAGGUCCUGGAGGACUUCUACGGCAGUGACAUUCAGAAGAGCCCCGAUAUGUCACGCAUUGUAACACCUAAACACUGGACUCGUCUGAUGGGACUGCUCAACAGGACCAAGGGCAAGGUCGUUGUGGGAGGAGAGCAUGACGAGAAGGAUAGGUACAUAGCUCCCACAGUAGUGGUGGAUGUAGCUGAAGAUGAUGCUCUAAUGGAGGAGGAGAUCUUUGGCCCCAUCCUGCCGAUCCUCACGAUUGAGUCUCUGGAGGAAAGCAUCAAAUUAGCCAAAAGAAAAGAGAAGCCUCUGGCCUUCUAUGUUUUCUCAGAUGAAUCCUCUGUUGUGAAGAAGGUGCUGGAAAAUUCAAGCAGUGGAGGAUUCUGCUCUAAUGAUGGAAUUGUGCACAUGACCCUGCCAGGCCUGCCCUUUGGAGGUGUAGGAAACAGUGGAUUUGGUCACUACCAUGGUCACUGGGGCUUUGAGGCGUUCAGUCACCGGCGAGCAGUCAUGCUGCGUGGUUGGGCUUUGGAAAGACUUAACGCCCUGCGCUACCCACCGUAUAGCGAUGAAAAGUUGAGCUGGCUGCGCUGGACCACCUCACCCAAGAGCUGCUCAAUCAUGUGAUGACCGGCAAGAAGAGUAUCCCCCAUCUGGACUGAGCGCUGCAUGUUGUCAAGGGUCAUUCAAAAAAUGAAUAAAGUUGCAUUUAAAUAAAUCAUUUUAGUGUUGAAGCAGAAAAAGAAAUAGCUCUUUUGAAUUUAUUUUGUUACCCAACAAAGACGAUGUUUUAUUUACCUACUGGAUUAUUAUACCUGUGGCAGUAUCGGGCAUUAGGAGUGAUGAUGCACAUGAUAAACAUAUGAUUAUUUCCUUUUGAAAGAGCUUUUCCCAAAGUGCUCAUUUUCUGCACAAACUAUCUGCUGAAAUGUUACCUGCAUUACUGACUUACUAGCUUUAAAAGCGAGUAAUCAAAGAUGCUUCCUGUUGCCUUUUUUCCCCUCUUUGUUGUCCUACCUCUACAAACUGUGCUGUAUUAAUCCUGUGGUUUAACUUGGCCUGUUAGACUGUACCAGACUGAGGUUCUUGAAGUCAUGUGCCAAGUACUUUUUGAAAAGUUCCUGCUUUUCUAACAGUUUUGAAAAACAUCUGAAAUGUCAGGUUAAUGCUUUAAAAAACUGUGUCGAACAGCCUUAAAAAAAAGAAGAAGAAAAAGUAAAAAAAAAAGUAAAAUUAUUGUCUAUCAUAAUCUUUAUAUUAUGAAGGGAGAAAUCGGUGACCAAAUCGGUGUUGGCUAUGUUUAUUUGAUAGAGCUUUUUCUGAAUGUUUUAUAAAAGUGACUUAUUUUUGUUCAAAAUGAUGUUUGCUGAGUGUUGGUAUGUUAGAAAUGUAUCGGAAUUGUAAUACUAUACACUGACUAAUAUCAUUGCAUUGACAAUGAGCAUAUCUAAUAAUACUCUUCAAAUAGGGAACAUUAUUAAAGUGAAUAUCAUCUUCAGUAAGACUUACAAGUAGUGAUUGAGACAAUGGUGCCUCCUGUUAAUUGCCUGCCUAAAAUGUUAGCAUGUUGAUCUUUUUGUAGCCAGAAGCUAUCACGUUUAGCGGUGCAACGUUUAGCUAACGUUAACUAGCUUAAUUAACAAGGUGCCGACUUCAAACUGUGUUAGUAAUGCAGCUAUAAAAGGAAUUUUAGCAACUUUAAACCAAUAAUGCUCAUGAGUAUCUUUCUCCUGUAAGUCGAAACCAUAUUAUAUUUACCAGGAAAUUAUAUAUUUUGUUAUUAAUUGUUUAUUCAAUCUUCUGACAUUAAAAACAAAUACUAAUUAGCAUUUGUUAGCAUAUGCUGGUUUCAUUUUCAUGACGGUGAAAUGUCUCAUAGCAUGUUUUAAUUUGUAUCAGUCUUUCUACAUCUUUGCUACACUUGUGCAACUCAUUGCUUAAAAAUGCAUUGUCCUAUUUAUUUACUUUUUUGGUUGGGAAACCAAAAGUACACUGACAUCUCAUAAAAGCUCAUCUAUCAAAUAUGACACACUUGGUGUUACAUGUUAAGCAUAAUUAUGAUAAUAGGAGUAAUUUUUACACUAUAUUUUCUUAUGCUUCCUAAAAUUGCCUUUUUGACCUAUCAACUGAUAAAACUUGUACUAUUCAUGUAGAAGAUUUUUUUUAUUUAGAGGUUGGUUGUGUUAUUGUGCACACAUUAAUUUUUCUCUAACUUCUUAAUGGAAAUACAAAGAUGAUACUGUGUGGUAAGUUUACAUCUGCAGUUGUUAUAGACGACAUGCUGUGGCGUUAAAUGGCUGCGCAUCUUAAAUGCCAACGGUGUCCGUCUUCCUGUUCCUGUGCUGCAUAGUUAUGUGUAAUUUUGUUACAGUGUUGCCGUUUUAACAACUUUACAGUUUUAGCCAGAUGGUUUCUGUCAUUGUUUUUUUGUGAAGUAAUGUGAAUAAUGUAACUUUGCUUCAUGGUGUGAGAAAAUUAAUAAAAAAUAGAAAUACAGUUUCAAA